CGUGGUACUACGGCGCCUAUCAGUGUGUUUAUCUCUGACACCUGACGGCAUGUUCCUUUCUCGCUUCCCCUGAUCACAACCACUGCGACUGCAGACCAGCGACUCUCCCGCUUUAUGCAAACCGAGGCUGUGCGCUCUGUCGUGAUCAUGCUACCUCCCAAGAACUGCCUCCCGAGGAACUACAGCUGCAUAGCUGGGUUGUUCGGGAGCUUGACAGCAGACCCGAGAUUAGAAGACGAAGAGGGGAUGGAGCUGAACGGAGCAAGCGAGCCCAUCGAGAUGCACCAUGUGGUGGAUGAGAGACCAAGAGGACGGGAAUCCUUCCUCAAACCCCCGCAGAGUCCGAACCUGCGCCGCAGGUGCAAGUCUCUGCCGACCCCCAUAGAGAGAGCGAAGCUUGAGAUCUCCCGCAGCCGGAGUCCCUGCAGCCAGAAAAAGGUCCGUUUCGCCGACUCUCUGGGUCUGGAGCUCACCUCUGUGAAGCACUUUAAUGACACAGACAUGCCCGAUGUGCCGGAGCGCAUAAUGGCGAGAUUCGACAGGGGUCCCCUCCAUCUGAACCCAUUUGACAAGUUCCCCAGGGCACCGACCACCCAGUCAAGUUUUAUGGAGCUGCAAUUCAAGAACCCCGGGACCCUACCAGGCUUUACUGAGAAAGUGAAAGAAGUGAAAGUGUUGUUGGAGUGUGCUGAAGCCGACGAGUUCAGUCUGUCGGGCGUCGUGCGGGUUUUGAACAUGGCGUUCGAGAAAAGUGUCUAUUUGAGGUUCUCAAUCAACAACUGGAUAACCAUCAUGGACAGUCUGGCAUCAUAUGUCCCCGAAUCAAGCGACGGUGUGACAGACCAAUUCUCCUUUAAAAUAAUCACACCAACGACGUUUCUGGAGAGCGGAGGCACAUUCCAGUUUGCCAUUAGAUACUGCGUUGGUGGAGAUGAGUAUUGGGACAAUAAUAACGGGUUCAACUACAAAGUGCGACGCCACAGGUUUAAGAUUUCCCCACCCCGUGAGUGGGAAGAUGGCUGGAUUCACUUCAUCUAACCUGCAUGCGCCCUUGGCGUUCUCACCGGUGCACUGUGUGUGUAAAGCACGCAAUCUCUCCACGGGCACCGCUUAACCAUAAUGAAGAAUAGGGCUACCAUAGGCUAUAGCCUCUACACAUUGUGUUAAUAAUCCAACCGCCGUGUCCAGCUGUACACUCAGUUAUUUUUUACAUUGUUUGGAUUAUGAUUUUUUCACCACCGUCACAUUGGUUUUGUUUCAUGUCAUUAUGUUUGACAGAUUUGACAGGAUUGAAAGACAAGCCCUUCAUUAGGUGUCCGCCGUGGGAGGUAAAUCAGCUGUAUGAUAAUUAGCCUUGGUGUUGGGGACUGUAGUCUUGUGCCCUUUGGUGUGGCCCGACUAUACUCUUAUGUAAUGCAGGGACAUGUGCCAUUGAAAACGUGCCAGGAAUAGACCCCAUUUAAGCGUCACUGUCCCUAUCUAAAACGCAGCGAUGCUCGCUUCAAUCCCCACUAUUUCAUUAAACAUCUUGUGCGAUGUCUUAACUGUCAACGACUGCUUAUACAAAACUGAGGAAAAUGGUUAUGAAAAACACUAAGACAGCUUCUCGCCUUCUCUCUAUUUAUUUCCGAUAGCAUGGGACUGUGCUCACGUGCAUCCCCCUGUGUACCUGUCAUGCCGGAUUUCCGAUUUUCUCAUCUGAAAACUCCAGCGGAUGGAGCAGGCCGAAGCUCAGUCACAACAAUAUUCGCACUGGAUCAACAAAGGAAAUAUCAAAUUGUCAUUUGUUUGACCAAUUCCUCAUCUUUUCAUCUUAUUGGAUAUGCCUUAUAAUACCCCUUAUAACUAAAGGGGAACGCUGCUGUGCUUUUAUCUUGAUCAAUAUUGGGUGUAUUCAGUUUUAUAACUAUUUGAACAUUAAUAUUUCAAUGUUGGGGUAAUGAUUAAACCCUCUCUAUAGCACUGCUCAACGAGAUGUUAGAAAAAGGAAAUCAUCCCACGAGCUUUGUUCGCAGGUUAUAAAUGCACCAGAAUUUUUUUCUCCAGAGGAUGAUAACCAAUAGCAGGAGAGUAGACUGUGGGUCAGAGUGGAGCCCUACAGUCUAGCAGUAGGUUAGCCUAUUAGGAUGCUCUGGUAUAACCCCCAAACAUGUUACAUAAUAAUAUGUGGAUAUUUACCACUCUAAAAUGCCAAAUAAUGCAUAUGCUAUAUGCAUUAUUUUAAACUAGAGGACAUGUAUAUUUGACAAAAAAAACUGUUGUACAGAUUGUUUUGUACAGGAUCUUAUGCUAGAUUUUUCUCUGCAGUGCAGUCUGCAUGUAUCUGACAGGUGAUAUUUUACAACAUUCCUGUUGUGACACUCUUGAUCUCAACCAGUCACAGUAAUUCACCAGGUGUCUUGUAAACAAUAGUUGAGGAUAGCUCAAACCCUAAGGUCCACUGCAGAGUCAGUCACCACUGCCUCACCCAUACAGUAUCUCUACCUUCUUCAAGGUUGAGCUUUAAUGAUAAAAUCCACACGCAUAUCACUCCAUUUUAUAACUGUUAUUACACAAUGAUAAAUUACAGAGACAGAUACUGUUGGACUUUUGUUUCUAUUCCUUGUUGGACCUGAAAUGCAACCGUUGUUGUGGAAAAUGAUACAUUUACCUCAGAUCGUUUCUAGAGUGCGGACCUGACGAUCUUCCAAAAAUUCCAGGUUUCUCUCCUUUUAUUCAGGUUGAACAAAACAUUAUUUUUUUAUGAAGUACAGUAUAACCAAAAUAGUAAAACUCAUGCCAUUUUUAAAACACAUCCAGUCCAGUAAAACAGUAGCAUUUCAUUGUCAGUAUUUUGUAAAUAACUUCCACUGUGCAAUGUUGUAUUUUACAGUAGAACUAUGGUGAUGACAGCAUCUGAACUACUUUUACUGAUUUCAAAGUCGUAAUGCCAGACUUGGCUGAUGAUAUAGAAAAGAGCCGUGUUUGGUAGGAGCACAUAUCGUACACAGUAGCAUGCCGUGGUUCUGGGGCCUGGGCCUUCAGUGAAGUCCUACACAGUCCCACCCGAAUUAAUCCACCUCUUAUUACCAUCAUUAUGAUGCCAUGGCUCUAGACACUAUACAUUUAGACAGAAACGCAGUAUAACCAGGCAUUGCGUCACCUUGAAAUUGACAUUUUUAUUCAGAGAAUUGCAGGGGAAGAGUUCAACACCUUUUCAUUGUGCAGCUUCGUUGCCAUGCACGCUUGUUCGUUGAGCUGUAGAUCCACUCGGGUGUCCCCAAAAGUUUUCAAAAGCACCAUUGCUUGUAAGUGCCCAGCCGUACUUUGGUGUCUCGUUGCUGCCUUGGUUAGACAACUCAGGUUUGCAAAGCCAGUGUGGCUCCAAACACCAAAUCGAUCACUUGCAAAUAAUAGGCAUUCCCAGCAGUACAGUUUGCAGUGCUUCUCGGAGCCUGUGAGUCAUUGAUAGCGCCCAUAAUUGAAAGUGGCGAACGAACCCCUUUCCCGCCUGUGACAGGCUUUGUAGCGUCGGCAUCUACCUCUCCUGACAAUGUCUAACUUUUCUUGAAAAGUUUGUCUUGAGAAUGGCGUUAUAAUUAUAUCCUCAACCAAAUCGAUAUCUUCUCCUUCCGCCAUUGUGGGUUGAAAAAAACAGCUUAGUAGUACGCAAAUUAAUUUGUUGAUCAAUUUCAGUUUCCUAGUUCUGAGACCUGCCCAUAUAGGACCUGCCUCUCAAUAUUGGUAAUCCAAUCAAAAGACGUGCACGCACUACGCCUGCUAGCUGGCUCCUGUGUAACACUGGAGCCAGCCAGCAGGCGUACAAUAGCCAACUCUAAAGCUGAUUGGUUGACACUAAAUUUUAAUUUCCAUUCACUUUAAGCUACAAGCGGCCGCACUGUUGAUUCUGAAGGCCUGGGGGCAGAUUUUAGACCCCUGGCAACACAUGAUGGCUGAAUAUGAUUGGAUAAAAUAUCUAACAUAAAGACCAGCCCUCCAAAUCUCAACCUGGGGCUGGAAGCAGUGCAACCAAGAGGAACGCUAUGAAAUUAAGAGUGUAACUCUUACUCUGGGGAAUAAUUUAAUACAUAUUUGUGGGAAAAUAUAUUUAAAAAUAUAUAUAUAUAUAUAUAUUCUGAUGAUGUUUAGGCCAGCAGAGAAGGCCUUGCUGGUACCGACGGCCCACCACUGAUCAUACAGUUGAUGCUAUUGCACUGGUGCUUAAUGCUGAACUCAUUUGUUGGCACAUUGGCAUCACAUAAUGCAUGUGUCAAACUCAUUCCACUGAGGGCCAAGUGUCGCCGGGUUUUCGCUCCACCCUUGUGCUUGAUUGAUGAAUUAAGGUAAACAAUUAGUAAGGAACUCCUCUCACCUGGUUGUCUUUGACACCCCUGACAUGAGGUGAGGGAGCUCAUUAUGGAUGGAUGGCAAACUAAACUUAGGUUAUGUAGCGCAACAGCCACAUUACACAAACGGUUUGUCUACAUGUGUACUGGAUGUACAGCAUGUUUAAAUUAGAGUUUCUAUUUAUUUGGGUUGUUAUAAUUUGUGGGAGUUUUCUAUGCCAUGAAUGCUUGGAAUGUAUCAAUAUUUUGUUUUGAAUAGGACACCUCUGAGAGAUCAGCAGCUUGGAGAUGUAUCUGUUUAGAAAAUGGAAUGCAUCUCUGAGACUAACAGAUGUAGUUAUGUAAUAUAGUUAUUUACUGUUGUCUGGCUGUGGUGGUCAGUAAGAAAAGCCUGUGUUUACAUGAACCAGGACUUGGCAGGAGCUUGGUCAGAUAAUUCAACCCUUGACAUUGAAAAUGGAAAAUAGACUACUCAUGUGACCACUGAGCAUGUCCAAAUGACUCAAACAAUUUAGAAGAGUUGUUUGGCUUAUAGCAGAGCUGUUUGGUUUCCAGAGUCCAGCGGUUGGCUCUUUCUAAUUUCUCCAUGGGGAAUCUGUAGAGCCUGGUUGGACCAAAAUAAACUCAAUCACGGUCUCACGUCCACCAUGACAUUAACCAACCUCCAGGGCAUUGGUUGACAACUGGUUGGCCUCACUUUGUUCAGAAGCAUGCUAGUCUGUGCAGUCAGUGAGUUCCACACACGGCAGCUGUAUCUCCACAAAGACUACUGUGGUUAACAAGAUAUCACGCCUUGUCAGAGAUUGUUUUAUGUUCUUAAGUCUGAUGAAAUAUAAUGGUUAUUUUUCCUCAUGUACCUUUUGCUUAUGAUUUCUGUUAACUGUAAAUAUUCUCUCAAUAAGUGAACAUGUAGUACAGUAUGAUUUCAAUUAUGAAUUGUUUCAAUCAAAACAUUUCACUUUGAAUAUGUCCUGGAGGUAAAGAUGUUUUAUAGGGGAAGGAUGAAAGGCUUCCAGAAACAGACCGUAUAGGGUUUGUCAACACAACAUGAGCUAUAUGAAUCACUCCAAUAUAUUGGUAUCACUCUGCGCCGGAGGUGAGGAUUUACAGAUUUACUCCCAUGUACACCUGUGUCAUGGCUGGGGUCCGCCCCUAUAUACAGACUCCACGGUGUCACGUAUUCUCAACAUCAUUUUUGAAGCCCCUCUAGGACCGUAGAGGAUUGGAGUGAUCCAUAUUGCUCACAUAACCGUGGUUACAUACGUAACCUUUUAUGUUUCACUAUAUUGGAUCACUCCAAUAUAUUGCUAGAGGGACCUGGCCAGCCAGCGGCAAAGUCCCAGUGCAGGACCAGGGACCUCAGUCCACCCUGAUGGUUGAUGUAAGCCACCAAUGCGGUGUUGUCUGUUCUCACCAGGACAUGUCUUCCUUUCAGAUGUGGAAGGAAAGACCGCAGGGCCAUGGAGUCGUAGUGUAAAGCUAACAAAACACAAGCAUGACAAACCACGGGCAGAAGAUACAGAUCAACCGUGCGCAGCAAGUGGAGCACUCAAAAGGAGGGGCUGCUCCAGGCUGCAAAACAGCCAGUGAGUAUACUUCCAUGCAAGAUAUUACACUUACCAGUGACUUACCAAGCGAACUUCAGAAAGUUUGGACCUCAAACCAUACAGACGUCCGCCGAGAAAAUGAAAGAGAACUUGUCACAGCCAUGGGGUCUAUAUAUAGGGGCGGACCCCAGCCGUGACACAGGUGAUCACAGGAGUAAAUCUGUAAAUCCUCACCUCGGAUGUAUCCAUCCGCCGUGGAGUGAUACCAAUAAAUUAGAGUGAUCCAAUAUAGGGAAAUAUAAUCACAUUUUAUGAGCACUCGCUGAUGUUUAUCUGUUUUUAUGUGUCGCAUAUUGAAUGUCUUUCCGCUAUCAUAUUAUGUCGUAUAAUAGCAUUUCAAAAACAGGAUUGCAAGCGGUGGAUGGAUACCCAACUCAGAACUAGAAAGUAAUCUAAAAACAAUCUGAACAAAAUAGAAUUUCAGGAAAUUUCCUUUAAAACUGUGGUACGUCACUGAACCUUAAGCCAAAAUUUGGGCGGGGUACCAGGAAUGAUAGGCUUAUUGUAUAAGGUGUAACUGAAGAUGGUUCCAUUGCCUUAUGUUUAGAGUUCGUACUGAAAUGAACACAUAAGAGGUCUAAGCUGUGAAGGGAUGUUAUGGUAGGUUGAUCAACAUGUGAUAAUAUGUCGAGCAGUCAAAUCAUACUGGAUAGUAUGUACUGGGACUAAGCUGAGGGUAUCUUUAGGCUAAAGAGUUGCAUUCAUGCCACUAAAGACAACAUACACUUUGGAGUAUCUGAAACAUCUGAAAGGAGUGACUAAUGAUUGUAAUAUUGAGCUACUCAAAGUGCAUAGUGCACUUUGAGUAGAAAAGUAGGAAAGCUAGGAAAAGAGACAUGGUUUGGUUUGGUAUGCCUCUUCUGACUUUACAUGUAUUCCUGUGAAUUGCUACUAACCAAGAUGUUCUCCAUCCCCAGUCAUGUUUGAUACACAGCUUUCUCGCUCACUGUGAAAUGUUAUACAUCUGAAAUAGGUUAAAUCAAGUUUGUUUUACUCAUAUGUGGAGUGGAGGAAGUGAAUUUCCCCUGGUUUGACCUAUAAGGUUAUCAGUAUUCGUCUUUUGAACCUAUGCAAACCUUAGUACUGCAAUCCAUCAUCUGUCUGUGUUGUGUGUUGGUGUCUGACGUAUUGUUUGGCGCUAAUGUUUAUCACUGUAGUCUGUCUGUUUGCAUGCACGGCGGAAGGACCCCUGUUAUUUUUAUGGUGAGUUUGUAAUCUAGCCUAUAUUUUAUUAAAACAACGACAAUAAAGGCCUUUGUGAUGGGAAAUUAAAA